AGGAACGUCUCAUAUGAGGAAGCAGAAGACAUGGCGCUGCGCAUAGGAUGUGCUUACAGAAGAGCGUCUGCGCUGGGGAUAAGUCGUCUACUUUUGUCUGCUGUUCCCGGGUGUCAGUCUAGCCAGCGUUCCCAUCAUACUCCUGGCACCUCUCUAAAGUACAUACCACGUCGCGCUGUGCUGUAUGUUCCCGGCAACGAUGAGAGAAAACUGCGGAAGUUGACUUCGCUGGAUGUGGACUGUGCCGUUCUCGACUGUGAGGAUGGAGUCGCCCUCAACAAGAAGGAUGCAGCUCGGAAAACUAUCCCAAAGAUGUUGGCAGAGCUGGAUCUGGGGCGUACGGAGAAGUGUGUGCGGGUGAACUCGGUGUCCAGCGGCCUGGCUGAAGCUGACAUGGAGGUGAUUCUGCAGGCAGACGUGCUUCCCACAGCACUCAUGCUGCCAAAGGUGGAGGAUACAGGAGAGGUGCAGUGGUUUGUUGACAGGUUCCAGCGAAACUUAAAAGGCAGAGAGCUUGAGGAACCCAUCCGCCUGGUCACCUUUGUGGAAACUGCUGUGGGUCUGCUGAAUUUUAAGGCAGUGUGUGAAGCACUUCGAGAUCUUGGGCCCAAGGCAGGUCUUCAUCAUGACGGAGUUGUCUUCGGGUCAGAUGACUUCUGUGCCAGCAUAGGAGCCACACGCACUAAAGAUGCUAAAGAACUCCUGUAUGCUCGGCAGAAAGUGGUGGUCACCACCAAAGCUUUCGGUCUCCAGGCGAUCGAUCUUGUUUAUAUUGACUAUCAGGAUGUGGAAGGACUGAGGCAGCAGGCCAGAGAGGGCGCACUUAUGGGCUUCACUGGAAAACAAGUGAUUCAUCCCAACCAGAUCAAGGUUGUUCAAGAUGAAUUUGCCCCCAGUCCGGAGAAGAUCAAGUGGGCCACAGAGCUGAUUGCUGCUUUCGAGGAGCAUCAGAAGUUGGGAAAGGGGGCUUUCACCUUUCAUGGCAGUAUGAUUGACAUGCCAUCUCUAAAGCAAGCUCAGAACAUUGUCACGAUGGCUUCAACUGUUCAGGGAAAGUGAGCCAAACCUGAGUUCCUCAGACAUCAAAAUUUGCACCAUGCUGGCUGUGCUGUGCACUUCACAUCAAGAGCCAAGAACGACCUGUGCAUUUGUUUAACCAGCAACAGCGAUGAUGUUCUAGUUGAUGUGUUGAUUAUUUUAUCUUCUGAAAUUCCUGGUGCAUUAUCAUCUUAUGCAUUAGUUUGCAAUUGUUUGUUUGUGUGUGUUUGUGUGUGUGUGUGUGUGUGUGUGUGUGUGUGUGUGGCAUGCCCACCCCCUGCCUAACUGGUUUCAGGGCAGAUGAUUGGCCAUAGUAAAGGUUGUGCGUGCCCAACGAAAGGGCAAACAAACAGAGCUGCCCUGCCGUCGAGCUUCCAUUCAGCCUGAAGGCUCCUCCAGGCCUCGGAACAUCAAAGCACUAUUUGCCAAGAAACCGGUGCAAAUUUACUAAAACCAACAUUGAGAGAAUGAGCCUGUGAGCCCGCUCUAAAUUGCAGGCCUUUGUUUCAAAAAGGGUCUCAGCAAGGCAGUUUGUUCUUCAGGACAAGGCUUGAAUGUAUCUGCAGCCUGGCGUAAGCUCUACGUGGUGUGCCACACGCUCACUCGUAAACACGUACACAAAGAGCUCCACGAGGGCCGUUCUAUGUAAAUAUCAGCAGUUUUCCAUGGCUUUGUUUCCCAGUCAGUGGUUUCCAUCUCUCCAUCCAGCGUCGAAGUCACCAUUAACAUGGCCAAGUGCUCAAAAGACGUGCCGCUGUUGUCCAUUUCACCAGUGUUCCUCACGCACACUUUGUCAAGAAUCCCUCUUUUGAAAUAAAGCUCCAGGAUGUCAUUCCCAAUGAAUGACCUUCCUUUCCACCCUUGA